AUGAAGGUGAAUAAAGAGCCUUGUGCUGGUCCCCAAAUCCCUGGCCGGUGUCCUGCCGCUCCCUGUUUUUCAGGUAGCAGCGACAUCGCCAAAUCCUGCUGCUUUCAUUAUGGCCACAAGAUGCUUCCCUGGACCUGGGUACAAAACUAUGCAUAUAACGGUAGCAGCUGCCCCAGCAUGCUAUUCACUACCAAAAGAGGUGAGAGAAUCUGUGCUCACCAGAGAAAAAAAUGGGUGCAAAGAUACAUUUCUCUACUGGUAACUCAGAAACAAUAGUGACUCUGCUGAAAUUUCAGCCCAAGGACGCCUGGACCCUGCCCUUAGCUCUGCUGCCGUCUGUGGAGCCAGAAGAGUUUUCUUAGAAGGUCCCCUGGGAUGGGUGGGGCAGAAGGUGUUUUCUACCAGAGUUCAAUAAAGGUUUUUCAUGAGGAUUUGACUUGCUCAUAACAUUCUUAGUCAAUAAAACCUGGGUUUUC